CAGUUUUAGUGGGGGUUUGGCAAAAAUAAUUUGGUAACACUGUAUUUCAUCUACGACUCGCUCCAUGGACAGAAAUAAAUUAAAAAAAAAAAAUCUACGACUCGCUCGGGUUUCGAAGUGUGCUGUGAUUUGCUUGUUGAAUUUUCUUUGUUUUUAUUAGUUUUCGUUAAUGUAAAUCAACUCUGUGAAUAUUUUCUUCAUAAUCAUGAAAAAAGGAUAUAAAGUCACUGAUGUUCAACGAGAAAAGAAGAUUGGCGUGGCCGCAGAAAAUUUGAAAGAGUUAAUUGAAAAGUCGCGUAAAAAGUUAGAAUUCAAUGUCAGCUACGCCGAAUGCCGCCUCUUUGUAGCGGAGGAUGGAACACUGGUCGACGACGAUGAAUAUUUGAGUACAUUACCACCACAAACACUUUUCAUAUUGCUUAAAAAAUCUGAAAAUAUGAUAACUGAUUUCGACUACUACUACAAUAUGAUUCGCUCUACAAAAAAAGAGUAUCUAGAGACAGGAGCUGCAGCUAAACAGUUUCUUAGUAUCAACAUGAAAGAGAAGUUCAAGGUGUUUCAGAGGUAUAUAGCAUCAGCUGAUGAUUCACACACAAUACUCAGUGAACGUUCGGAAGACCCUGGGUGGUUUGAAGGAUUAGAGCGCAGUGAAAAAACAAAGGAGCAGUCAAUGUCGAAACGCGUAAAGGAGCGAAUGCGUGGAUAUUAUUACAAGACAAAGUCGGCUCUACAGUCUUCAGAUAUUUACGUGUACUCAAAAAAUGUACGUGGUAAGAAAUUAAUCGAUCAAUUUCUGUCGGAGCUUCGCAAGUUACUAGAAACCAACAAAUAUAAUGAAACGUAUUUUAAUCGCAAAGCUGAACAAAGCUCACGGCUCUGCGAUGAGAAAGGAGAAUUUCGAUGCGGCGGUCCGUGGAAUGCCCGCAACUGCACAUAUGAAGGAGAACAUAUCAUCAAUCCGUACAGGAGUCGCGAAGAGCGGAUCAUAUUCCAAACUUGGAACUUAGAUCACAAAGUAGAGUUGUCUCGGUCAAUUGUACCAAAGAUACUAGAAGCACUAACAAGUUUGUACAAUGGUGAUAUACACUGCGUUUCGUGUGAUAAAUAUACUAAAUCGGGUGGUAUAGAAACGGAUAGAUAUUUCCUCCAGAUAUUUACGCGAGAGAACCUGAAGCUCGUGCACAUUGUGUGCCAUUACAAAGGUAAACAUGAUGCUCAGUCAGCUGUGUUUACGGUAUGUAAGGAUUGCUUUGGUGGCCACACUCUUGAAUAUUAAUAAAGUAAAUAAGCAACAAUCACAUAAUAAUAUAUAAUGUUUUAUAUUUACAUGCAAUAUAUUUUUCUGCAUUAUUAUGCUACUUUAAAAAUGAUGACCUGUGAUAGGUAAAACAUUCGAGAAUUGAAAUUUACAAAUCAAUUUAUUUUAUUAAUUAUAUUAUGCUUGAGUAACAUUAUACACCUGUUAAUUAGGUUCUCUUAAGAACUAAACAAUUUUUCUUUAUGUCUUUUAUAUUUAAAACUCACUAUAACAACAAUCAUGAUAAAGGUGCAACAUAGCAUAUUUUGACAUAAACUGUUAGAUAUUUAUUGUGAGUUUUUAUUAAAAUUUUCAUAGUGUCUUUGUAUAGUGUAUUGAUAUUGUAGUCUUUUUAAUGUAGUUACUAUAACCAGUUUUAAAAUGUUGUUGUUGUGAUUGUUUCAAAGUUAAAAGAUUUAUUCUAUUCCUUGAUUGAUCUCCUAUGCCCUUCAAUUAAGCAUAAGCAUACCAUUAAUUCCUAAGUUUAUAUAGUUUUGUAAAGUAAAUACACAAUGUAUGAAUAUUUUGUAUCCAAUCAUAUAAGUGGUCCGAUCCAAAAAAAACUUGAGAAUGACAUUUUAAGCUAUGUUUUAAGAUAAGUUUUUCAGUAAGUAGGUUGUUAUUUUAAUAAUGCCAGUAAAAUUGAUACACUAAAAUUUUAAUUAAUUUUAAAAUUUCAAAUUCUUCAAAUUAGUAUGUGUAAUACUGUCACCAAAUUGGGCGUAUUUGUCAAAAUAUAUUCGGUUUUUGGACCAAGCAA